UGAGAAACACCCCUCCGGAGACGUCAUCCCGUAGGACCACAGGACGCCUUUUCCCGGCUUGCUUCUGCGCAUGUGCAACUCUAGAUUCUUGCCAUCUUUUCUUGAGAUGGGGGUCUAACUAUGUUGUCACACUGGUCUUGAACUCCUGGGGUCAAGCAAUCCUCCUGCCUCAGCCUUCCAAAGUGCAGAGAAUAAUGCUCGAGCCAUUGUGCCUGGUCUGAUAACACUAUUUUUCACUUCAGCUAAGUUGUUUUGAGCAGGAGAAACCAGGACUAAGCCACUCCAACUCUCUCACAACUCCAUUCCAGUUGCCUGCUGUCUCAUCAAUGCUUGCAGAAUCUUCUGAGUAUUCCCAAGAGCAGCAAAACAUGAAUAAUUCUCUGGGCAAGAGAAGUGAUGCUGACAAUUUAGAUAUGCCAAAGAGAAUCCAUAAAGUGUUUCAAGUGUCACCUCACAUCUCCACAAGAAGAAAAAGGAGCAAUUUUUGUGAAGCCAUGGACAAGUCAAAAAUUCGUGUUAUUUUUGAAUAUGAGUUUCGUCGUGGAUCUAGCGCAGCACAGACAGCUCGAAAUACCAAAGAAGUGUUUGGGAAGGAUGUGGCUAAUGAACGCACAGUACGUCGUUGGUUUGAGAAGUUUCGUUCUGGUGAUUUUAAUCUUGAAAACAAGCCGCGUGGGCGACCUGAGACCAAGGUAGAUAAUGAUGAACUGAAAGCUGUAGUGGAAGCAAAUCCAUCUCAGCCUACACAGGAAUUAGCAGCGAGAUUUGACGUUACUAUUCCAACAAUUUUGGACCAUUUGAAACAAAUUGGCAAAGUAAAGAAACUGGAUAGGUGGGUUCCGCGUGAGUUAAACGAAUGUCAGAAGAGAAAUCGUUUGGAAACUUGCCUUUCUUUGCUGUCACGACAUAAAGUUGAACCAUUUUUACACCGUAUUGUUACAUAUGAUGAAAAAUGGAUUCUUUUUGACAAUCGCAAGCAUUUGGUACAAUGGUUGGAUAAAGAUGCAGUACCAAAACACAGUCCCAAACCAAAUAUUCAUCAAAAAAAGCUAAUGGUAUCUGUUUGGUGGUCCACUGCUGGUAUUAUCCACUACAGCUUCAUGAAACCUGGUCAGUCAAUUACAGCAGAUGUCUACUGCAACCAGUUGAAGGAAAUGAUGAGGAUGCUUGCAGUUAAGCAGCUGAGAUUGGUCAAUAGAGACAGGCCAAUUCUCUUGCAAGACAACACUCGCCCACAUGUCACACAAACACUGCUCAAACUACAGAAACUGGACUUGGAAACUCUCUAUUAUCCACCAUAUUCACCAGACCUUGCACCAACUGACUACCACUUCUUCCAGGGUUUGGACCUCUUCUUGCAAGGAAAAUUAUUCAUUUCUCAACAAGCUGUGGAAAAUGCCUUUUGUGAUUUCGUUGCCACUUGCUCUCCAGGCUUUUUUGCUUCUGGCAUAAAUGAACUACCGUUAAGAUGGCAAAACUGUGUUGAUAGUUUAGGUGCAUACUUUGAUUAAUUAUACUGCUUCUUGUUUGGGAUAUAAUAAACUAAGUAUUAUAUUCAAAACUAAGUAUUUGAUUCAAAAUCGGACAUUUCAUAUUUAAUGACCUAAUAGAUGUAGUUUGUCUUUGCAGCUCCUUAGAAAUAUUUAUAUACAGAGUAAUGUCAUUAUAGGCUUUUAGUCCCCACCUGGAGACCAUUAGUUUCUUUUUGUUGCAUGUUUUUUUUUUUCUCCCCCUUUGGCUAAAACCUCCAAUAUAAUGUUGAAUAGAAGUGGCACCAAAAAACUCACAAACAUUCUUUUUCAUAAAGUAAGGUUCCCAAAUUCAGGUUUUCCCAUUAUCUGUUGUAACAGCUGUUAAGUUUUUGUGUAGAUGCCCCUUAGCAGGUCUAGAAAAUUCUCUGAUAUUCCUAAUUUACUUAGGGAUUUGUCAGAUGUUCUGUGUUUAUCAAAAUGAAUUGUGUCAUCUUUUAUUUAUAGACCGAUUUUGGAAUGUUAAGCCAAAUUUGCAUUUUGUGAGAUAAUUCCUUUGGUAAUGGUAUCCUAUAGUUUUUAUAUGUGGCUAUAUUCAGUUUGUUAGAGUUUUGAGAUUUCUGUGUCUAUAUUCAUAUGGUAUACUGGUUUCUAGUUUUAUUUUCUGCUAAUUUUGCCUGGCUUUGUUAUCUGAACAGUACUGGCCUCAUAGAAUUAGUUGGUAAGAGUCUUCUUCUUAUUCUUCUGUUUUUUUGGAAGUGAACUUGAAUUCUUUAUUAAAUGUCUGGUAGAGUUAACAAGCGAAGGCAUAUCUGGGCUUUUCUUUAUGUGAAUAUUUUAAAUUAAUUUAUUCUCUUUAAUUGUUAUAUGCCUAUUUGUUUUCUUCUUGAGUUUAGUGUAAUAAUUUGUGCAUAUUUUCUAAGAAUUUUUUUCUAGAGCAUAUUCAGCCUUCACCAUAUGAUGCCCCUGUGCCCACCUUGGGCUCUGCAGAGUUCUCACCAGCAAAAAACCUCUCAUCAGAUGCAGCCCCUCAACCUUGAACUUCUCAGACUCCAUAAGUAGAAAUUGUUCUUAGAAAACAUUCAUUGAAUGAAGAAUUUAUAGUUUAGGAUAUGAAGUCUGACAAGUCAGGAUUUAUUUCCUGCUUUUCUUCUUAUAGCAGGAUGAUUUUUUGCCUGGCUGAAGCACCUCUAAGUCAGCCAAAGGGCAGUCUGUAGACUCUGUUACUGAAACUUGGAGCAAGGUUUAUAAAGCUAACAGCCUUCUGGGAAGAUGAAUGCAUUUUGCAAGGCACACUAGUGGGAGAAAGCAAUCCUUGGUCAGGAUGUCCAACUGCAGUUCAGACUAAUGUUCCAGGCUUUGAAUCUUCAUGCCAAAAGAGCUUCUGGUCAUUACCCUCCAGGCUAUCUUCCAGUUGGUCCCCUUUUGUACUGUCCAGUUGACUGAUGUCUAUGUACUAUCUAUUAAAGAAAACCAACAAAGUU